AUGACCUUCGAGUCUAAGCAGGCGAUUGCCGACGAGCAACAGCAGCCGGAGCUGAAGGAUGGGUCGAACCUUGCAGAAAAGGAUGAUAACUCUUCAAUCGGCGAGGUUUUACGAGCUGCUGGCAUUGAUGCGGAAGACGAUGAUCCGACAGAGCCUGUGUUGACGCUCCGGAUGUGGGUGUUGGGAAUCGGGUUCUGCAUCAUUGUCAGCGGUUUGAACACCCUGUAUACCCUGAGAGUUCCAUCCAUUACUAUUUCCUCGUCUGUUGUGCUCUUACUGGCCUACCCACUGGGCAAGCUCUGGGAGAAAGCCAUCCCAAGUUGGAACGUCCCACUCGGCGCAUGCUCGUUCAACCUCAAUCCAGGACCAUUUAAUAAAAAGGAGCAUAUCCUCGUGUAUAUCAUGUCGAAUCUCAGCAUCUACGUCCGUCUCGGCGCAGACGUCUUGACUGAACAACAGAUGUUCUUUGGAUACAAAGCUGGAUGGGGCUUUCAGAUUCUUAUAACAAUGGCAACCUUUUUUGUUGGUAUCUCGCUGGCGGGUUUGUUCCGGUCUCUGGUGGUUCUGCCUCAUGAGCUCGUGUGGCCAGGGCUCCUCGGCACCUCAGCUCUCACAUCUACGCUCCAUCGAGCCAACCAAAAAGAGGCCCAGGCAAACUCCCGCGGCACCACGUGGAAGAUAUCUCGCUAUGCCUUCUUCAGCUUGGUCUUUUGCCUUUCCUUCUGCUGGUACUGGUUCCCAGAUUUUAUCUUUCCCGCGCUGGGUUACUUUGCUUUCCCCUGCUGGAUUGCACCCGAAAAUACCGUUGUCAAUCAGUUAUUCGGCAUGAAGAGCGGAAUGGGUCUUUUACCACUCACAUUUGACUGGAGUCAAAUAUCCUACGUCGGGUCUCCGCUACUGGUCCCAGCUUGGGCAAUUGUCAAUGUAUUCGGAUCAUUGGUGUUUUGGAUCUGGAUAGUCGCUGUUGCUUGCUACUACACUAAUACGUGGUACUCCGCUCACCUUCCUUUCCAAAGUUCAUCCGUGUUUGAUAACACGGGGAGUGUGUACAAGGCUGCCAAGAUCGUGAACAAAGCAUCAAAAUAUCAGAUAGACGUGGCAAAGUACGAGGCAUACUCACCGGUAUUCAUGCCUAUAACCUACGCGUUGAACAUGUUUGGUCUGUCAUUCGCCACCCUAAGCUCGCUAGUGGUCUGGAUGUUCCUCGAGAAGCGAAAAGAUAUUGCAGGUGUUGCACGUCGCGUGCAUCAAGCGUUCUCAAAGCGCAACAUAAAGGACCUUUUUGCCUCGGACACGUCACCAAACGCUGAGGUGCCGAUGUGGUGGUAUGUGGGCACCACAGUGCUGGCUUUGUUUCUCUCCGUGUUUUCCGUGGAAUACUGGGACGUGGAGUUGCGGUGGUACGGCGCCUUGCUGGCGUGUGCAAUUGCUCUCUUCUUCUUCCCCCCGCUUGCCCUAGUCUACGCAACAGCAAACCAAAAAAUCAACAUCGACAUCUUCUGCCGAAUCGUAGCAGGCUUUGUCUUCGAAGGCCGAGUCCUCGCCAACAUCUGGUUCUUCAACCUCGGCUACAUAACCACAAUCAAGGGCCUAUACUUCUGCCAAGACAUGAAGCUAGGAAUUUACUUCAAUAUCCCCCCUAGAAAAGUCUUCAUCGUCCAAUGCGCCGGCAUAAUAGCCGGAACCCUCAGCAGCAUCUGCGUCCUAAACUGGGGGCUCGGCAACAUCGAAGGCAUCUGCACAACAGACGCUGUCAAUGGCUUCAGCUGUCCCUUCUCGCGCACCCAUUUCAACACAAGUCUAAUUUGGGGCGCCAUCGGACCCCGACGCUUCUUCAACAAUAAGAUCGGAUACAGAUCACUGCUUUACUUCUUCAUCAUCGGGGCCGUUCUCCCCGUCGCCGCGGUCUAUGCCAAACGUCGGUAUCCCAGGAACAGGAUCAUCCAGCAAAUUCAUAUUCCGUUGUUCCUUGGGGGACUGAAUUACCUGCCGCCGGCUACGGGGAUGACGUAUGGGAGUUGGGCGCUGGUGGGAUUGACGUGUGGGUUGUUUGUGAGGAAGCAUUUGUAUGCUUGGUGGUAUAAGUAUAAUUUUGUGUUGAGUGCGGCGUUGGAUUCGUCUGUUUCGGUGGCCGGGGUUGUUAUUUUCUUUACGGUGUUUUACUCGGGGGCUUCGAAGCAUUUUGGGUGGUGGGGGACGGAGGUUUAUAAGGAUACGUGUGAUUGGAAGGGGUGUUCGUAUUUGCCUCUCCCGGAGAGUGGGAAGUUUGCGUGA